UUAAAACUAAGCUAUUAUUUAUUCUUAAUACUGUACUUCCCUAGUCUUCUAUUUUAGUGAUAUGUCUAAUACUGACUUGAAUGCAUUAGGCCUUUGCGUCGAGCCUGGUGCAGGUAUUCUUAUUUGCGGUUACGGUGAAUGUAAGCAUGCCCUCUCAGUGCGCGCUUCACAUGUAACAACGUAUCUGUGGGAAAAGCAUAAGGUUCCCUUGGAGGCGAGAAAGAACCUUACGAAAAGUCUCAAGACACUCAAUCUACAGAAUUCAGACCGGGCGCCACCCCGCAAUGACGGAUCACCAGAACAUCCUCUGCUAUAA